GACAAAAAAUGGAACACACCAGCAGUGUGAGGAGACCUGAAAGUGGCACAUGGCAGAGUGUGGCGAUGGAGACAGCAGCAAUGGGGAGGCCGUACAGGGACCCAUGAGAGACUCUGGACUUGGCAGCAGCAUGAGGAGGCGGUAUAGGGGCCCAUGGCAGAUUAGGGGCCUGGCAGCAGCUAUGGGAGGCCCGUAAUCUGCCAGCACCCUAUGACAAAAAAUGGAACACACCAGCAGUGUGAGGAGACCUGAAAGUGGCACAUGGGCAGAGUGUGGCGAUGGAGACAGCAGCAAUGGGACGGCCGUACAGGGACCCAUGAGAGACUCUGGACCUGGCAGCAGCAUGA